UGUGUCUCCAUCAAAUUACGCCUCUUUGUCGACAUUCUCUCUCGAUCUUUUAGUCUUCAAUUCAUCUUUUUUUUUUGGGAAGAUGACUAUCUCUGUCGAAACCCCUGUUUUUGUGCAUGAGGAUUUUACGACACAAAAGAAAACCAAAGAGUUACAAUUGGACAACAUAAUUCCAAUGUCGAAGGAAUCAUCUGACGAUGUUGUAUUUUUGGCUCCUGAAGUGAACGCAUUUGGUCGUCAGUUCAGAGACUAUGCGGAUGCGAACAGCGAGAGGCAGAAGAGCGUCGAAGAGUUCUACAAAACACAACACACUAACCAAACUUUAGACUUCGUAAAGAAAAUGAGAAGUGAGUAUGGAAAAUUAGACAAGAUGGUGAUGAACAUUUGGGAAUGUUGUGAACUCCUUAACGAAGUGGUGGACGAGAGUGAUCCUGAUCUUGAUGAACCGCAAAUUCAGCAUUUGCUUCAAUCCGCAGAAGCAAUCCGUAAAGAUUAUCCUGAUGAAGAUUGGCUUCAUCUCACUGCUCUUAUCCAUGAUCUUGGGAAGGUUCUUACUCUUCCACAGUUUGGAGGACUUCCUCAAUGGGCAGUUGUUGGUGACACUUUUCCUGUUGGAUGUGCAUUUGAUGAAUCUAACGUACACCGCAAGUAUUUCAUGGAAAACCCUGAUUUUGACAACCCACUAUACAAUACCAAAAAUGGGAUUUAUUCUGAAGGAUGUGGACUAGAAAAUGUUUGUAUGUCGUGGGGACAUGAUGACUACAUGUAUCUGGUGGCCAAAGAGAAUGGAAGCACCUUGCCCUCUGCUGGAAUGUUCAUCAUCCGAUAUCAUUCCUUCUAUCCUUUGCACAAGGCUGGAGCAUACACUCACCUUAUGAAUGAGGAAGACAAGGAAAAUCUCAAAUGGCUCCAUGUUUUCAACAAUUACGACUUAUACAGCAAGAGCAAAGUACACGUCGAUGUCGAGAAGGUCAAACCGUACUACAUGUCGAUUAUCAAGAAAUAUUUCCCGGAAAAUUUGAGGUGGUGAAACAGCAUUUCGGCGUCCACAAAGUUUAAGCAUCACUAGUAGUCGUUUUAAGUACUGGAAAGCAUUACUGCCCAGUUACUCAAGUUUUAUUAUUACAUGAGUUAGCAUAAAACUUAUUGCAUUAGCAUUAGCAUUGGCUAAUGAUGAUACAAAAUAUGUAUUAUGUGUAACCCUUCUG